CCCGCGCCUGAAGAAAUCCAAGCUUUGUGGGGCACAUUUGCGUGGGCCGACAACCCCUGGAUACCGGACAGCAAUGCACCGUCACUCCAGCGCAGCAAAUACGACCGAAUCAAGGUGACAUCAAUUGCAAGUUUAAGUAUCGUCAGAGCUUCUGAAGAUGUCUAUGAGGUGAGAGUGCCCACCACACCUUCUACUUUCAAAAGUGUGGUGCCCACUGCGGGUGGGUUCCCUGCCGGUCACACCAUCGCAAAGCUGGAGAGGUGGCUCAUAGCCAUUCUACUCAGUUCACCCAGGCUCGACAUCGGUCAACUGCUCGGACGACCGCCCGCUCUGGUGCUCAGACGGCCUCCUUCACUCAGUAACAGCUAUACAUGGUCGGUCGAGGUGGAAGAUUCUACAGUACGCGGAAUCUCCAACAACGGAUCGGCAACUAUCGUGCUGGAGCACAGGCCCAACGGCAUUGAGUGA